GAGGAGGACGGAGGUGUCGGGCAGAAAACUUCGGAAGGGGGAACAGGAAACCUGCGGGGCGGUGGCACCGCGGCUUCCCGGGACGCACGUCGCGGGGUGUCGGCCGCCGCGCCCCCGGGCUGCGCCGCGCCCUCAGCUUCGGCGGACGAAGAGCAUGAGGCAGCAUGUCCGAUAAGAUGUCCAGCUUCCUCUACAUCGGGGACAUCGUGUCCCUGUACGCCGAGGGCUCGGUCAGUGGCUUCAUCAGCACCCUGGGGUUAGUGGAUGACAGAUGCGUAGUUCACCCAGAGGCCGGGGACCUAGCCAACCCUCCCAAGAAGUUCAGGGACUGCCUUUUCAAGGUGUGCCCCAUGAAUCGAUAUUCUGCCCAGAAGCAGUAUUGGAAAGCCAAGCAAGCCAAGCAAGGGAACCACACAGAGGCAGCCUUGCUGAAGAAACUACAGCAUGCUGCAGAACUGGAACAAAAGCAAAAUGAAUCAGAGAAUAAGAAACUGUUGGGAGAAAUUGUGAAAUACAGUAAUGUCAUACAACUACUGCAUAUAAAAAGCAACAAGUAUCUGACUGUCAACAAGCGAUUGCCCGCACUGCUGGAGAAGAACGCCAUGAGAGUGUCCCUGGAUGCUGCUGGGAAUGAAGGGUCCUGGUUCUACAUCCAUCCUUUCUGGAAGCUGAGAAGUGAGGGUGACAAUAUUGUUGUAGGAGAUAAAGUUGUUUUGAUGCCGGUGAAUGCGGGGCAGCCACUCCAUGCCAGCAACAUAGAGCUCCUCGAUAACCCAGGGUGCAAGGAGGUGAAUGCUGUUAAUUGCAACACUAGUUGGAAAAUCACUUUAUUCAUGAAAUUUAGUUCCUACCGUGAGGAUGUGUUAAAAGGAGGUGAUGUUGUCAGAUUGUUCCAUGCAGAACAAGAAAAGUUCCUGACUUGUGACGAAUAUGAAAAAAAGCAGCAUAUUUUCCUUCGUACUACCUUGCGUCAGUCGGCCACAUCUGCUACAAGUUCUAAAGCACUCUGGGAGAUCGAGGUGGUUCAUCAUGACCCAUGCCGUGGAGGUGCAGGACAGUGGAACAGCCUGUUCAGAUUUAAGCAUCUGGCAACUGGAAACUACUUGGCCGCAGAGCUGAAUCCUGAUUAUCGAGAUGCCCAAAAUGAAGGCAAAAACGUGAGAGAUGGAGACCUACCGGCCUCUAAGAAGAAGCGUCAGGCGGGGGAGAAGAUCAUGUACAGCCUGGUCUCCGUCCCGCAUGGCAACGACAUCGCGUCCCUUUUCGAGCUGGACGCCACAACUCUGCAGAGAGCUGACUGCCUGGUUCCAAGGAACUCAUAUGUUCGGUUAAGGCAUCUGUGCACCAACACAUGGGUGACCAGUACUAGUAUUCCCAUAGACACAGAUGAAGAGAGGCCUGUUAUGUUGAAGAUUGGAACCUGCCAAACAAAAGAAGAUAAAGAAGCUUUUGCCAUCGUGUCUGUCCCACUGUCUGAGGUCCGAGACUUGGACUUCGCCAAUGAUGCCAAUAAAGUGUUAGCAACCACAGUGAAGAAGCUGGAGACCGGCACGAUCACGCAGAAUGAGAGAAGGUUUGUCACCAAGUUAUUGGAAGACCUCAUCUUCUUUGUUGCGGACGUGCCUAACAACGGGCAGGAAGUUCUGGAUGUGAUCAUCACGAAGCCAAACCGAGAACGGCAGAAGUUAAUGAGGGAGCAGAACAUACUGGCACAGGUUUUUGGAAUCCUUAAAGCACCCUUCAAGGAGAAAGCAGGAGAAGGCUCUAUGCUGAGACUGGAAGAUCUCGGGGACCAGCGAUAUGCGCCCUACAAGUACAUGCUGCGGCUGUGUUACCGCAUACUCCGGCACUCUCAGCAGGACUACCGGAAGAACCAGGAGUACAUUGCUAAGAAUUUCUGUGUCAUGCAGUCCCAGAUUGGCUAUGAUAUUCUGGCAGAAGACACGAUCACAGCUUUGUUGCACAACAACAGAAAACUUCUCGAGAAACACAUCACAGCCAAAGAAAUAGAAACAUUUGUCAGUUUACUCAGGAGGAACCGAGAGCCAAGAUUUCUGGAUUAUUUGUCUGAUCUCUGUGUGUCUAAUACGACUGCCAUUCCUGUGACCCAGGAACUCAUCUGUAAGUUUAUGCUGAGUCCUGGCAACGCAGACAUUCUCAUCCAAACCAAGUUGGUCUCUAUGCAAGUAGACAACCCCAUGGAGAGCUCCAUCCUUCCAGAUGACAUGGACGAUGAAGAAGUGUGGCUCUACUGGAUUGACAGCAACAAGGAGCCUCAUGGCAAAGCCAUCAGGCACCUUGCUCAGGAAGCCAAAGAAGGCACCAAGGCUGAUUUAGAAGUCCUCACCUAUUACAGGUACCAGCUGAACCUCUUCGCCAGGAUGUGUUUAGACCGCCAGUAUCUGGCCAUCAACCAGAUCUCCACGCAGCUCUCUGUAGACUUGAUCCUGCGCUGUAUGUCGGACGAGAGCCUGCCCUUCGACCUUCGCGCCUCCUUCUGCCGCCUCAUGCUGCAUAUGCACGUGGACCGGGACCCGCAGGAGUCUGUGGUGCCUGUCCGCUAUGCCAGGCUCUGGACAGAAAUCCCCACCAAGAUCACAAUUCAUGAAUAUGAUUCUAUAACUGAUUCUUCUAGAAAUGAUAUGAAGAGGAAAUUUGCACUGACAAUGGAAUUUGUUGAAGAAUACUUGAAAGAAGUUGUAAAUCAGCCCUUUCCUUUUGGAGAUAAAGAAAAAAACAAACUGACAUUUGAGGUUGUCCAUUUGGCUCGGAACCUUAUAUACUUUGGAUUUUAUAGUUUCAGCGAGUUAUUGAGGCUCACAAGAACACUCCUGGCCAUCCUUGAUAUCGUACAGGUCCCCAUGUCAUCGUAUUUUGAAAGAUUAAGCAAAUUUCAAGAUGGAGAGAGUCAUUUAAACAGCGGGAGACAAGCGGGAACUCCAAUUCUGCGGUCUUCUCGGGAGCAACAUGGAAACAACGUCAUGCGGACGAUCCACGGGGUGGGAGAGAUGAUGACGCAGAUGGUGCUCAGCAGGGGCUCCAUCUUCCCAGUGAGCAUACCCGACGUCCAGCCCAGCAUCCAUCCCAGCAAGCAGGCGAGCCCGGGUGAGCACGAGGACGUGACUGUGAUGGACACCAAGCUAAAGAUCAUUGAGAUUCUACAGUUCAUCCUGAGCGUCAGACUGGACUACAGGAUCUCCUACAUGCUGUCCAUCUACAAGAAGGAGUUUGGCGAGAGCAGUGAGAAUGCAGAGACGGCCGCCUCGGGCUCUCCGGAGACACUACUGCCCUCAGCUAUUGUUCCUGACAUAGAGGAGAUUGCGGCACAGGCGGAGACCAUGUUUGCUGGAAGAAAGGAAAAAAAUCCAGUGCAGCUUGAUGAUGAGGGAGGGAGGACUUUCCUUCGGGUCCUCAUUCAUCUGAUCAUGCACGACUAUGCCCCCUUGCUUUCGGGCGCCCUGCAGCUGCUGUUCAAGCACUUCAGCCAGCGAGCCGAGGUCCUGCAGGCCUUCAAACAGGUGCAACUGCUGGUAUCCAAUCAAGAUGUAGAUAACUACAAGCAAAUCAAGGCCGAUCUAGACCAGCUGCGCCUGACCGUGGAGAAGUCGGAGCUGUGGGUGGAGAAGAGCAGCAGCUACGAGAGCGGGGAAGUGGGCGAGCGCCAAGUGAAAGGUGGCGAAGAGCCCAUGGAGGAGUCCAACAUCUUAAGCCCUGUGCAGGAUGGAACAAAGAAACCUCAGAUUGACAGCAAUAAGUGUAACAACUACCGGGUUGUUAAGGAGAUUUUGAUUAGGCUGAGUAAACUCUGUGUGCAGAAUAAGAAGUGUCGGAACCAGCAUCAGCGCUUACUGAAGAACAUGGGGGCUCACUCGGUGGUGCUGGACCUUCUGCAGAUACCCUAUGAGAAGUCUGACGAGAAGAUGAACGAAGUCAUGAAUCUGGCCCACACCUUCUUGCAGAAUUUCUGCCGAGGAAAUCCACAGAAUCAAGUUCUUCUUCAUAAACAUCUGAAUCUGUUUUUGACUCCUGGGCUCCUUGAAGCAGAAACCAUGCGGCACAUCUUCAUGAACAAUUACCAUCUGUGCAAUGAAAUCAGCGAGAGGGUUGUGCAACACUUUGUGCACUGCAUCGAGACACAUGGCCGCCAUGUGGAGUACUUGAGGUUCUUGCAGACCAUUGUGAAGGCAGAUGGCAAAUAUGUGAAGAAAUGCCAGGACAUGGUAAUGACAGAGUUGAUAAAUGGCGGUGAAGACGUGCUGAUAUUUUACAACGAUAGAGCAUCCUUUCCAGUCCUUCUCCACAUGAUGUGCUCAGAGAGAGACCGGGGGGAUGACAACGGCCCCUUAGCCUACCACAUCACGCUUGUGGAGUUGCUGGCCGCGUGCACAGAGGGCAAGAACGUUUACACGGAAAUCAAGUGUAAUUCCUUGCUGCCGCUGGAUGACAUUGUGAGAGUGGUGACCCAUGAUGACUGCAUUCCUGAGGUUAAAAUUGCCUACGUGAAUUUUGUUAACCACUGUUACGUUGACACCGAGGUGGAAAUGAAAGAAAUCUACACAAGCAACCACAUUUGGAAGUUAUUUGAGAACUUCUUGGUGGAUAUGGCAAGGGUUUGCAACACAACCACAGACAGGAAGCAUGCUGACAUGUUCCUGGAGAAGUGUGUGACCGAGUCCAUCAUGAGCAUUGUGAGCGGUUUCUUCAAUUCUCCCUUUUCAGACAACAGUACCAGCCUCCAGACACACCAGCCUGUCUUCAUUCAGCUGCUGCAGUCUGCCUUCAGAAUUUACAACUGCACCUGGCCAAACCCGGCCCAGAAGGCCUCCGUGGAGUCCUGCAUCCGAACCUUGGCCGAAGUGGCCAAAAAUCGUGGUAUUGCCAUUCCAGUGGAUUUGGACAGUCAAGUCAACACCCUGUUCAUGAAGAGUCACUCCAAUAUGGUGCAGAGGGCAGCCCUGGGCUGGAGACUGUCCGCUCGCUCUGGACCACGCUUCAAGGAAGCCCUAGGAGGGCCUGCCUGGGACUACAGAAAUAUUAUUGAAAAGUUACAGGAUGUGGUGGCCUCCUUGGAGCAGCAGUUCAGUCCGAUGAUGCAGGCUGAAUUUUCAGUGCUGGUUGAUGUGCUCUACAGUCCAGAAUUACUAUUCCCUGAGGGAAGUGAUGCCAGAAUAAGAUGUGGCGCCUUCAUGUCGAAGCUGAUUAAUCACACGAAGAAACUAAUGGAGAAAGAAGAAAAACUGUGCAUUAAGAUCCUUCAGACAUUACGAGAGAUGCUGGAGAAGAAGGACAGCUUUGUAGAAGAGGGUAAUACAUUAAGAAAAAUACUGCUGAAUCGCUACUUUAAGGGUGAUUAUGGCAUUGGUAUAAAUGGAACUUACUCCAAAGCUGCGCAAGUGGGAGGAAGCUUUUCUGCACAAGAUACAGAUAAAAUGGGGAUCUCGAUGUCUGAUAUUCAAUGUCUGCUGGAUAAAGAAGGGGCAUCUGAACUUGUCAUCGAUGUCAUUGUGAACACCAAAAAUGACAGGAUUUUUUCAGAAGGCAUUUUACUCGGCAUUGCCUUGCUCGAAGGAGGAAAUACACAGACUCAGUCUUCUUUCUACCAGCAGUUGCAUGAACAAAAGAAAUCAGAAAAAUUCUUCAAGGUUCUCUAUGACCGAAUGAAAGCUGCUCAGAAAGAGAUCCGAUCGACAGUAACAGUUAACACCAUUGAUCUGGGUGGUAAGAAAAGGGAUGAUGACAAUGAGCUCAUGACAUCUGGACCACGAGUGAGAGUAAGAGAUUCGGCGUUACAUUUAAAAGAAGGAAUGAAAGGGCAGCUGACAGAAGCUUCUUCGGCCACAUCAAAAGCGUACUGUGUGUACCGAAGAGAAAUGGAUCCCGAGCUGGAUGUGAUGUGCUCUGGGGCCGACGCAGGCAGUGCCGAGGACAAGUCUGCAGAGGAGGUACCCAUGAGCCCGGCAAUUGCCAUCAUGCAACCCAUCCUGAGGUUCCUCCAGCUCCUGUGUGAGAACCACAACCGCGAGCUACAGAACUUCUUGAGGAAUCAAAACAACAAAACAAAUUACAACCUUGUAUGUGAGACCCUGCAGUUUCUGGACUGUAUUUGCGGCAGUACCACUGGUGGCCUGGGCCUGCUGGGGCUCUACAUCAAUGAGAAGAAUGUUGCUCUGGUCAACCAGACCCUGGAGAGCUUGACAGAAUACUGCCAGGGCCCGUGCCACGAAAAUCAGACAUGUAUUGCUACCCACGAAUCUAAUGGGAUUGAUAUCAUCAUUGCUCUGAUCCUAAAUGACAUAAACCCUCUUGGAAAAUACCGAAUGGACCUGGUGCUCCAACUGAAGAACAACGCCUCCAAGCUCUUGCUGGCCAUCAUGGAAAGCAGACAUGACAGUGAAAAUGCGGAAAGGAUUCUGUUCAACAUGAGGCCCAGGGAGCUGGUGGAUGUGAUGAAGAAUGCCUAUAACCAAGGGCUGGAGUGCGAUCAUGGGGAUGAGGAGAGCGGAGAUGAUGGUGUUUCCCCAAAAGAUGUGGGACACAAUAUCUAUAUUCUGGCCCAUCAGUUGGCCCGGCACAACAAGCUGUUACAACAGAUGCUGAAACCAGGAUCAGACCCUGAUGAAGGAGAUGAAGCCUUGAAGUAUUAUGCCAACCACACUGCUCAGAUUGAGAUUGUUCGGCACGAUAGGACCAUGGAGCAGAUCGUUUUUCCUGUCCCCAACAUAUGUGAAUAUCUCACGCGCGAGUCCAAGUGCCGUGUGUACAAUACGACCGAAAGGGAUGAGCAAGGAAGCAAAGUAAAUGACUUUUUCCAGCAAACGGAAGACCUCUACAAUGAAAUGAAGUGGCAGAAGAAAAUCAGGAAUAACCCUGCCCUGUUCUGGUUCUCGAGGCACAUCUCUCUUUGGGGCAGUAUUUCCUUCAACCUGGCCGUAUUCAUCAACCUGGCUGUGGCGCUCUUCUAUCCAUUUGGGGAUGAUGGAGACGAAGGUACACUUUCUCCAUUGUUCUCCAUCCUGCUUUGGAUCGCAGUUGCCAUCUGCACCUCUAUGCUGUUUUUCUUCUCCAAGCCUGUCGGUAUUCGGCCAUUUCUUGUAUCAGUAAUGCUACGAUCCAUAUAUACGAUCGGUCUUGGGCCUACAUUAAUACUUCUUGGUGCAGCUAAUCUUUGCAAUAAAAUCGUGUUUCUGGUGAGUUUCGUCGGGAACCGUGGCACAUUCACCCGAGGCUAUCGGGCCGUCAUCCUGGACAUGGCGUUCCUGUAUCACGUGGCCUAUGUCCUGGUGUGCAUGCUGGGCCUCUUUAUCCACGAGUUCUUCUAUAGCUUCCUGCUUUUUGAUUUGGUAUACAGAGAAGAGACCUUACUCAAUGUCAUCAAAAGUGUCACACGGAAUGGCCGCUCCAUUAUUCUGACUGCAGUUCUGGCGCUCAUCCUGGUCUACCUGUUCUCCAUCAUCGGCUUCCUCUUCUUGAAGGAUGACUUCACGAUGGAAGUGGAUAGACUGAAAAACAGGACCCCUGUGACAGGUGCUUACGGGGUCCCUACUACGACCUUAACUUCCAUAAUGGAGACAUGUGAAAAAGAGAACUGCUCAACCACGAUACCAGCUUCCAGUACAGCCGAUGAAGAAUAUGAAGAUGGAAUUGAAAGGACCUGUGACACUCUGCUCAUGUGCAUUGUCACCGUGUUGAACCAGGGUCUCAGGAACGGUGGGGGCGUGGGGGAUGUUCUGAGACGGCCAUCGAAAGAUGAGCCCUUAUUUGCUGCCCGAGUGGUUUAUGAUCUUCUGUUCUUUUUCAUCGUCAUCAUCAUCGUUCUUAACUUGAUUUUUGGUGUUAUCAUUGACACCUUUGCUGAUCUCAGAAGCGAAAAGCAGAAAAAAGAGGAGAUUCUAAAGACGACCUGCUUCAUUUGUGGACUUGAGAGGGACAAAUUUGACAAUAAAACGGUUUCAUUUGAGGAGCAUAUUAAGUCAGAACACAACAUGUGGCACUAUUUGUACUUCAUCGUGCUGGUGAAGGUUAAAGAUCCCACAGAAUACACGGGUCCUGAGAGCUACGUCGCCCAGAUGAUUGUGGAGAAGAAUCUGGACUGGUUUCCUCGGAUGCGAGCCAUGUCUCUCGUUAGCAAUGAAGGAGACAGUGAGCAAAACGAGAUUCGGAACCUGCAGGAGAAGCUGGAAUCAACCAUGAGUCUGGUCAAGCAGCUGUCGGGUCAGCUGGCAGAGCUCAAGGAGCAGAUGACUGAACAAAGGAAGAAUAAGCAGAGACUAGGCUUCCUGGGGUCAAACUCACCCCAUGUGAAUCAUCACAUGCCACCACACUGAUACCAUGGGGGGAAGCCGUGACCAGCCUUUCAUCAGCGGCCUGCCUGAUCACUGAACACAAAACAGAGACUGAGGGGAGGAACAGUGCCUAUUGUUGCAAAGUCAAAAACAACCAAGUGCCAAGAUGUGGAGCGGUUGUGCUCCGAGAACAAUCUGUAGCUGUGUUUUCAUGGUUGAGAAGGCCCAGGCUAAAGUGCAGCCACCCGAAAGCACACAGCAUGCAUUCUUAAGGCAACGUGAAGCGACUUGCUCGGGACACUGCCAUGGGUAGGAAGAGACUGGGAGAAGAAGACCCGGCAUGGCUAGGACUCCCAGCUGCUCAGCGGCCAGGGGUCAGCUGUGUCCGAACACCAGCCGCUACCUACCUCCUACUGGGUUGUUUGGGAUUCCCCUCUUUCCCUUGUGGCCUGUGGGUCAAUGGCCUAGGAAGUCUCACUUUGGUGGCUGAGUAUCACUAAGGUGAAGACAUGAAAAUAUGAAAAAUGAGCGUUGCUAAGAAAAUUGCUAAUGCUUCGAAAGUGUAGCUGCCACGGGGCAAUUCCUUUAUAACGUGAAGCACAGUGGAUUUGCAACUGCAGCGUUGGAGCCUGUACCCCUCAUGCUGACAGCAUAACUGGAAUAGAAUUGCCUGCUCCCAGUUUCUCACCAGCUUCGUCACUGUGGAGCACAAAUGGAGAUGUUCAUACAACUGGUUAAGAACUUGUUUUAAGUCACGUAGAGGCUGAAAUUGUAAAAAGAUUGGGGAAGAAAAAGCGGACAACCACAGGGAAGAUUUUUUUUUUGAGAACAUGUGUGCAUUAUUGUAUUAUUAAAUUAUAUAGCGAUCAAGAAAUGAAAAUGCUUCAGGGGGCCAGGAAAUCCCUUGUGACUUGUAACAAUGGCACUCCCAUCUAUAAACACGGAGCAGAAUCCUUUGAGUUGUGUUUGCUCUGCUUUGGGAGCCAAGUGUUUUUGUCUUACUCCUGCAGCAGGGGUGAAAUGUGUUGAAUACCCAAGAAAACACAGCAUUUUGGUUGCAUAUUUAAAACUGUAUUGGGAAGGACUUGUCCAAACGUAAGAUAGAAAUCUCUUCCGCAAAUUGUUUUUAUGUUAAGUCAUGCACUCAGGAUUUGCUGGGGGAGAAAAUAACCUGACACAAUCAGGUUUUUCUUAGGGAUCUCCGCUGGGGAAGCUAGAGUACCACCCAGAGAGCGAACAUCUUAGGAGAAGUGCUGUGUGGCAAGGAAGCAAAACCAUCCCACCAAACUCUGGGAGGCUUUCGGCAUGUCGGCCUCACUCGAGGCUGCAGCGGUCUUUAACUUUGAGUGGUUACCAUCAUGAUUCAACAACCCGAGAGGGUGCGGUGAAAAACCGUCGGAGCUCUUAGAUUGUUGUAACAUAGUUUGAAUGUUUGGCUUCCUAAAAAAUCCCAAAUAAUCAAGGUCUGAGUCAAAUGCAAAGGAAACCUGAAGCAUCCACUCUUCCAUAUACUGUUAAGAUACAGAUUCAGAAUCAAGCUGGUGGAAGCCAGAGCAAGGAGUUUUCAGUCUGCAGGUACCUUCUCAGGUACCUCUCCACCGGAAGAAUUCCUCACUCUGAUGUGACUAUACGUUUGUUUUUUUCUCUCUGACUAAUAGCUGAAGGACCCUAUUCUCCAAGAUGCAAAGAUGCUAAAAAUUGUGCUUUAUCACAUACAGCACAAGUCUUUGAAUGUAGCAAGCAUUAGGCAAUUUGUCUUCAGUUCUUUAAUUAAAACUUUAAACUGUAUCAUGAAUUUGUUCUUAAGUGACUUCAUCAAAGUUGACUAAAGCAGUCAUUUUUCAAAUCCCAAGAUUGUCAUUGCUAGCUAUGGUUGUAGAUAUUGUAUUUUAUUCAGGCAGAGUUUUUUAUAUAGGGAAAAAAAAAGAGAAAGGUAAUGAAUAUUGAGCCUUUUCCUAAAUAGGAACCUGUCUCCAUUUAGUAAAUCAGAUCUGCCUCUGAUGUCUGAACUUAAGGUUGAAGGAAUAAAUGAACUGAUGCAGAUGGGAGCAACCUGUCUUUCAGAUGACGAGCUAUCUCAUUUUUUUCACACCACAAUGGUUUGUUAUAGAGGGAAGAAAUCAUUGGAUCUGAACCUGUCCUCUACAAGUGCCCUAAGGUCUACAGCCAUUGUGUCUUAAGCUCACCGUGUCUCAGCAUCUUUUGCCCUCCAGAAAAUACCCAUAAGAUGUUGCAAUUAAUUAGCGAGACCCUUUGUUGAUGAAAAUUUACACAUUUCCCAGUUUUUAAUUUAACGCCUCUUUCUUUCCUGCCUAAAUACUUCUAGAGAGCAUAAAGGUAAAUAAACAAAAAUGAAGCAAAUGAAAAAAACGCUUCCAGGACAUGAAAUUCACAAUGGGAAUGGCAAUAAUGGGGAAACUUGACUUUUGAUAUACAUUUAUAUUUUGUUAUAUGCUUGUUCAUGUUCAUUAAUGCAACUGGAAUAUUUGUCCUAGGUGAAUAUCAAUUAAUCCUCAUAUUUAUGUGGUGAUAUUGCAGUAGGCACAAUUGUUUGACUUUAUUGAAAAUAUUUAGCUAUUAAAAUUUAUAUUGCCUUAAAAAGAUCAAUUUUUGCUGAAUAACAUUUUUAAUUUUGAAAGAGUUUUGUUUCCCUCUGUGUUGUACUUUGAGGCUAAGGAGUUUACCACAAAUGCAUGUGUUACAAAUUGAAAUAUCAUUUCUAGGUGAGAAAAAUGCUCGUAUUACAUGGGGCUAUCAUACUAGUAAAUUAUAUGCAU